UUCCUUGCGGUGUCCCAGUUCAGAUGCUAUGUAUUUACAAGCAAGAGUAGUGAAAUAGGGAGAGGGCAAUUUUCCGCAGCUUAUUAGUGUGACCACAAGGGCUAUCUCAGAGACAGCGCAGCGAGAAACUUUCAGCCAUGGAUAUCACGACGCAGCUAAUUUUCUGUUGAUGCUGUUUCCUCUUUGCUGUGAACCGUUACCUUCUCACUUUUUCGCAGUUUUUCAAGUGAUUUACAGUCUUGCACUGACAAAAUGUCACAUUUACAGAUUUGAUAUUAGUAAGCAGAAUCUGUUUUCUUAAACUUCGGUCCAAGAAGAGUGGGGCACUUCUGUUGCACCUACAACAAGAAGUGAGGUAGUGGCACAAGGGAUUUCACCUGGAGUCACCCUGCGCAGCUGGAGUUUUCCGGAAUGACAGGGACAGCCCACCACAGCAGACCCCCUUGUAGCACCUGACCUGAGCCAGCUGACCCAGCAUGGAGCUCAAGGUCUGGGUGGAUGGGGUCCAGAGAGUCGUAUGUGGAGUCACAGAAGCAACUACUUGCCAGGAAGUGGUAAUUGCUCUGGCCCAGGCCAUAGGUCGCACUGGGCGCUACACCUUGGUGGAGAAAUGGCGAGACACAGAACGCCACUUGGCCCCCCACGAGAGCCCCGUAGCCUCCCUCAACACCUGGGGUCAGUAUGCCGGCGAUGUCCAGCUGAUCCUUCACCGCACAGGCCCCUCCCUGACUGAACGGCCCCCCUCGGAGGGGCCCCCACUCCGGGGCCCAGAACGUGGCCUCCACCGGCAGAGUCUCCCGCCGCUGACUAAGCUCCGGCAUCCCAGCGAGCGCUCCCUCCGCCGCCGCGAGCCACGCCGCAAGUCCCUUACUUUCACCGGCGGGCCCCGGGGCCUCCGGGAAAUCCUGAGUGGAGGCCGGGGUGGAGAGGGGAGGGAGGCCGAGGCCAAAAGACGUCUUCUACUCCAAGGGAACAGUGGGAACCAGAACCACAUACAUGCAGCUGCGGCGGCAGCUGUAGCCCCGAGAGGGACGGUGUCCCCAGGCAUGUGGGCCUAUCGCAUGGAGGACCUAAUUAGACUGGUGGGGCUCCAGAGAGAAACUCUAGGCGUACUGGAGAAGAGGCUAGAGGCCUACGAGGCUGAGCUGCAGACAUGGGGUGUAUGUGGGGGAGGCGCAGAAGAGAUCAGAGGAGCAGGGGGGCUGAUUGAGGACAUAGUGAGGCUGGAGAGACGACUGAGGAAGAACGAGGUGGAGAUGGAGGAAGAGGAGUUUUGGGCCAGCGAGCUUCAAAUUGAGUUGGAGAGCGAGAGGCAGCUCAAGGACCGACUUGAGGAGUUGAGAGGGCGACUUCAGGGCACUGAGGUGGAACUGGGGGACAGGAUGGCUCUGGUUCAGGGAGUGGAGGCCGGUCUGGAGGAGAAGCGUCUGCAAAGGGAGAGACAGGAGACACAGAGGGUGAGCGAGGUGGAGGCCAAAGGGCAGGUGCUCAGGGCCCGCAUGGAGCUCAAAGCCCAAGAGAGACAGACCGUCCAGUUGGAGAGUAGCUGCAGAGCCGUGGAGAGGUCCCUGGGCCAGAGUGGCAAGAGACUGCAGGACAUGCAGCAUGAGUUGGAGCAGCUGACCAAGGAGCUGAGACAGGUCAACCUGCAGCAGUUCAUCCAGCAGACGGGUACCAAGGUCACAGUGCUGCCAGCCGAGCCUGCGGACGAUGACGAGCAGACCCCCCCCACUGGACAGGGCAUAGACUUGGCGCCAAUGUCUGGUUCCUUGAAACGUCCAGUGUCCUCCCAUCAAAUGCCUGGUCACCUUCGGGUUCUGCACAGCCCUCUAACAUCCGGCUUGAACCCAGAAGGGAUAUAUGUGUAGGAGGACAAAGGAAACUGACAAGGAUGUCAGUGUUUCCCCUGCCAAUUGGUUUCUCACUACCAACAUAAAGGUAGCCGCUUGGUAACCUGUCCCCAGAAAGGUUGGCGCUAGCCAACUCCUCUCCUGGUCACUCCUAACCAAGGGUUGGUUAAAUACUGGGACAAGACUACCUCAAGGAUGUGACAGGACGUCCAGGUAAAAUAUACCUCAGUAAUACUCCUGGGUAUGCUCUGUCAUGAAUACAAAUAAGAAUACAAGAUGAUAUGACAUGAAGUCUUUGCGUACAAGCACUCCCAAGUAACCAACGUGGGACAACACAUCACAAUGACUGCUCUGACAAUGAAGGAAAAGAUGAUGGGUGACCUUCCUUAUUGCAGAGUUGGAUACCUGGCCUCCUGAACAGAGAUAGUUAAGAUAGCAAAAGACAUAAGCAAAUGUGUCAAAGCAUGGAUGGUUGUCUAUCUAUGGAUACCUUGGGUCUAGGUGUUGUGACAUCAUCAUUGUCCUCAUCUCUUAAGAGUAUACAAUUACUUUUACAAUUUUUUAUUUAAAGUAAUACAUUUGUAAUGUAGCUACAUUUUAACCAUUACCAUUUAACCACUAUAUACACAUUAAUUGGUUCGGUACUGUUUUAUAAGAAUGUUUGCAUUUUGAAAAGUAUCCCUCCAAACUAGAAAUGUGGCUGUUGAAAUCUGUGAACUAUAUCUUUGAAGAGUUCAGUGAUUCUGUGGUGAAUAAGUGUAUUUUAUCAAGUGUAUUGAUUGAUGUUUGGACCUCAGUGAAUCGUGGAUGAGAUGCCCCUAAAGGGACGAGUGGCUUUAAACGUUACUGUCCAGUGUUUCCAGAUUUCUAUUCAGUAUGAUCUAUAAUGAUUGCUUUAUGAGUGAAAUAGUUUUUCUUAAAUAUAAUGUUAAUUAAAUAUUUAAAAAUUCUGCUUUUCUGUGGUGGAAUGGUAUAGGUGUGCCCCAACAACAGAAUAUUGUGCGUAUAUGCCAUUCAAUAAAAGUAUUAUGAGUUGAUUCCCGAUUGGCCAGCUUAUCCUCCUCCAAAAGUGUUUUCCUCCUCCAAUUCAUACUUUGGCCAUGACUAUGGUUUGGGAUGAGUCAACAAAGUAUGAGUGCACAGAAUAUUAUUUAAUUGUAAUUUUCACUGGACAGUUACUUUACAGGAUCAGUUUCUGAAGCAUUUAUUCAGAGUAUUUUUCACAUCUUUGGCACUCAGCUUACUUCAAAAUGCAGGCAGGCUGUUUCUGCUCUGCUACGAUUGUCAGUACACACACUAUGCACAGCAAUACAACCAAUGGUUCAAGUUUUUUUUUUUUUUUACUGAAAAAAGUAGAUGGUCGCUAAUUAACUGUCCAAAUGUUCUGAAAUGUCAGUAACUGUCCAUUGAUAUGCCAUACAUUAUAUGCAAUGUCAAUUAUUGUUAAUUGAUAUGUCAUGCAACAUGCAUAUGUUAUAAAGCUAGAUUAAAUGUCAGUUCAAAUGGUAGAAUAGUACAAAUAGUAUACAUUUUGGUCAAUGUUCAAUUUUAUAUCCAUUGCUCAAGAAUAAGCAGAAUUGUUUUAAUGUAACAGUAUUUAAUGAACCAACAGUGUUAGUUUUCUCUUUAAUCUUGUGUUGAAAAUAUGACUAUGUUACUUGGCCAAAAAGUUCAUUCAUUGGUAAAGAUAUGCGGCCAAAGAUUAGAGGUCUUAUUGCAUGUAUUUCCAAAUAGCCAUAUCUGAAUACUUAUUCAAAGCUAAGUGAUAGUAAACUAACUUUAGUCAGAUCCUAAAAGGGAGUGUUUUUGACUCAGUGGAGGAAUAUUGAACAUUAACAUGGUCCCAGGUCCUGUAUUCCGAAAGUGUCUGAGAUUAGGAGUGAUACAAGACUGUUUCACUGCUACUUAUCUUUCUAUAAGUUCUUAACAAGUGCCUUAUACUCAUGCUUAUUCCUGCAUAUAUACAACUAAUGUCAAGGUUUAUUCCAGAUCUGACCCUGCUCUUUUCUACCCAGGUCCCAGAUGUGUGUGCACAGUCUUGACAGCUCCUAUAGCCAUUUUUAAUGCCAGUGAUUAUAGAAGCUGGCUAAGGCAGCAAAAACCGAUCUGAGACCAGUCUAGCUAUAAUCAUUGUGAGCAAGAUGUUUAUGGAAGAAACUGGUGGUUAUUCCUGAUAGAAGUAUCACAGCCUAUAUACUUAACUUGAUUGUAUCAUUUGUUUCGUCCUGAGAAGUAGGUGGCUGUGUAGCCAUGAAGAACCCUUCUAGUUUCCGCUGGUUGGUUUUUGUCAGUGUUUAACAUUGUUUUGCCAUUGUGUUCUUUGCACUCCCAUGAUAAAAAUAUAAAUUGUGCAAACAGUAGAGUAAGCAAGUUUGUUGAUCAUUGAUAAAGAUGAACAAACAAUACUACAUGAAAAGAUUUAGCGAUUUUGUGCGCUCAGUUAAUUGGAACAUUAUUUCAUACAAAUACAAUUGCUUUGGACUCUACCUCAAAAAGGUAGAGUCCUAAGUGAUUUACACCAAUGUUUUCAAACCAUUUCAACAGCUCACCUUGCAAGAAUAAAACAGACAAAUCCAGAGGUUUUGGUGCAGGUGCAGCCAACUAGAGCACAAACUAACAUUGUGACAUUGUUAUAUAUACUCAUAUGUAACUGAAUGCAUAUAGUCCCCCUUUCAUUAUGUUUAAGGAUAUUGUAUUACUGAAAGAGCUACUUGUGGCCUCUAAGUGUCUGGCUUCUGGCAGAGGCAAACAUGUUUUGGGCUUUAAUAUCCAGGUAAUGGGUAUGAUGCCGUAAGCAAAAUAGUACCCCAUCAAAUAUCCUGUACAAUAUUCCCUAAACCAGGGUUUAAUAACCCUCUCCUCAGGGACCGUCAGUCAUUUCACAUGUGUUCAUCUUAACUAACACCUGAUCCAAUGAGUCCAGGGCUUGGUAAUAUUUGACUAAUUCAACUACGCCUGCCAGUUUAGGGCUACAACAAAACAUUAGAAACGUCUGGCGGUCCCGGAGGAGUGGGUUGGGAAAUUCUGCUCUAAAUUAAACUCUCACGGUAGGUAUUUGGGUUAUUUUCCUAAGAGGAUCCUUCCCAAUGUGUUCUCUAACUCAAAUGUUUUUUUGGAUUUUCUUUUAAAGGCCCUUUGUCUUGCAAGGUGAGGUGUUGGAAGUCGUUGAAAACUGAGGUGUAUAUAAUACCUUCAUACCUUCUUGAAAUAAAAUC